AUGUCAACGCCAUUCCGUCAAGGCCUUAAAAAGGUCUAUCUUCCCAACAUUGUCUUCAAGAUGGUACGGUCACCUAAUCUUCAACCCAACCAAGUCGCAUUCCGUGUACCUCCCAGCUGCAACAAAUUCGACAUUCACUCGUAUCUCACCAACAUUUACGGCGUCAAUGUACAAGAAGUACGCACCAUGAAUUACGCCACUGUUCACAAAAAGACACGUACUGGCCAGACCGAAGUAAAGCAACCAGCAUACAAGAAAGCCAUUGUUACUAUCGACGAGCCAUUCACCUAUCCUUCCGAGCCUGAAUGGUGUGCAUUGGAACGAGAACAAUAUAAGUUGGGAUCUAAGAACGCAGGACGAAAGAUGAAGGGAUGGCGUUUCAGAGGCCCUGAGGAAGAGCGAACACGGAUGAAGGAGAUUCAGACUGAAAUACACGAGCGUAUGGAAGCCGAGCAGGGUCGUAAAAAGUAA